AUGUUUCGUAGAAAUGAGCACCGCUUAACAACGCCUCCUGAGCAAGACCAUCAUCUUUUUGAUGAUGGAAAAGAUGAGAUGGUAAGCCGGAUUGAGUUUCCUCUAAAGCAAGAGAUCGUCGUUUUGCAUCAUAAGUUAGAAAAGCUGACUCACAAAUACCAGGAAGCUGAGGAAGAUAGGAAAAAAUAUAUCGAUCAAAUGACGCUGUAACAAUUAUUUAGAUCUGCAGAUCAAUUAAAAGGACUUAAUGAUGAGAACAGGGCUUUAAAAGAGUAUAUUUCGCAUUUAAAUGAUGAAAAUAUACGGUUACGGCAGUACAUUAGUAAUGUGAACACGAAAAAUAAAAAGCCAAAAGCAUUUUCAAAUAAGCUCAAAUCGUCUCUUGAUGGGUUAAAAGAAGAAAUUAUCGCAUUUCAUGAUUCCUUUGAGUCUCAAGGAAAAGUUGUAGAAAAAUGCUUAAUCCAUUAAAAAAAUUAAAUAAAAAGGGUCCACUUGUGGAUUCGAACUUGACAUACGGAGUAGCAUUCUGCAUGCCGGAGCAUAUAGAUCCAUAUGUGGAAUGCUAUUUGGUAUUUCAAGCUCCAACCCAAGUGUCCCUUUUUAAUAAAUAUUUCCCAAAGAGUAUUAUGUUUCUUUAUAAAGUUAGAAAGUCUGGAAUUAAAUUUGGACGUUGGGAACAAAUUAAGAGAUCUAAUUGAGUAUUAUUUAGAUGCUUCCAAACAAACUGAAUGUCAGAUAAAGCGCUUAAAUGCAAACGUAAACGAACUUUGCAGUGAUCCUUGCACUUUUCAAGGCAGAAUUGUGAUGAAAAAAGAUUUAUCAGUAUCUUAUGACUCAAGCUCAAAAAAUUUUCCUUCUUUAUUUGAUGAGUUGAAUACAGCUAAUGACAAGUCAGUUGUGCAUUCAAACGAUAACACAAUACCAGAGCACAUUAUUGAGAAGCUAAACCACUUAGAAACUGUCUUAGAAGAAAUCAAAGACACUUCAGAAGGUCUUCAAAGCGAAAAAAGCAGCCCAAUAAAAGAAAGAUUCCUGCAUCAGUCACAUCAAAAAGCUCCUAUCAGCAGAUUCCACACUAAACGAAAUAUCAAAAACAUGCUACUUGCACACCACAUUACUAUUUUCCACGUUUAA